AUGGCUGUUGUGGCUGCUCCACAAGAUUUUCAAGCUAAAGUACAAGUGCUUUUACGGCGGGUGUACGGCCAGUUAGCCAACGGGGCCGACGACAAUCGCAUGCGACGCUUCGCGCAGCAGCUUGAUGACAUUCGAACGCGACACAAGGAGGCUACCGAUAGAUUUGAUCGAUUGGCUCAGACUGACGCUGUUGCUACUUUGAGGACACGGACAGCAUCAUUGGAAGAACGCUUCCGUGAGGGCAUCGGAGCCGCGCAAGAAAUGAGGACCUUGCUCAUUACUGGACAAGCUUCGGCGCAGCUUAGUGACGCCGGGUCGCGGAUGGGAUCUCGUAUCCAUGAGUGCAAACAGGCUAUCGAACAAUAUCUUGCCGUAGCAACGGCUUUGAGCGAUUAUGCUACGGCGCUGCGCGACGUGACUGACAUUGAGGCUGAAUUGAGUGGUCUACAAGCCAUGUCCCUGCCUGCUAGCGGUGCGGUUGCACGGUCAGCUUUGAAGGGCCACUUCGAGGACGAGCUGUAG